AAUCAAUCGAAUUUCCCAGAAAGAGAUCACGCUCUUCUUGGGUUCUCAUUUCUUUAUCUUAUACACUUGAAAUUUGGACGCUAAUCUCGAAAAAGGAAAAAAUGAGUUGGUGAGUUUCAGAAGCAUAGAUGACGAUUCGAUCGUUGCGGAAGCCACCGCCUGUUAAACUUGUGUUUCCAUCUCUGAUUAUACUGUUCUUGACAUGUUUGUUUGGUAUUCUGACGAAUUUGCAAACCAUUUCGUAUCUUUUCCGUCCGCUUUGGGAUAAACCGCCACCGCCUUUUAAACGGAUACCGCAUUACUAUGCGGAGAAUGUUUCAAUGGGACAUCUUUGUGAGCUUCAUGGGUGGACACCACGGUCAGUACCGAGGCGAGUGUUUGAUGCCAUCAUUUUCAGUAAUGAGGUUGAUCUUCUUGAACUCAGAUGGCGGGAAUUGGAGCCUUAUGUUUCGAAGUUUGUGAUCUUGGAAUCAAACACUACGUUUACUGGGAUCCCGAAGCCGCUUUUCUUUGAUUCUAAUAAGGAGAGAUUCGCGUUUGCUGAAGGUAAGAUAGUACAUGGAGUGUUUCCUGGGAAGAAACGUUCUAAGGGGCAGCCGUAUGAGGACCCGUUUUUGCUUGAGGGGCAACAGCGGGUUGCGAUGAACCGGUUGCUUAGAGAAGCUGGAAUUUCGGAUGGAGAUGCGGUGAUAAUGUCAGAUGCAGACGAGAUUCCGAGCCCUCAUACUGUGAAAUUUCUACAGUGGUGCGAUGGGAUACCAAAUGUAAUGCAUCUAGAGAUGAGGGAAUACAUGUACUCCUUUGAGUUCCCGGUUGAUUACAGCAGCUGGAGAGCUUCUGUCCAUAUAUAUAGUAGGAAGUGGACUCAAUACCGGCACUCCCGACAAACAGACUUGAUAUUAUCCGACGCAGGGUGGCAUUGCAGCUUCUGUUUCAGACGGCUCAACGAAUUCGUUUUCAAGAUGAAAGGUUAUAGUCAUGCAGACAGAGUCAAACGCAAGGAGUUUUUGGAUUAUCAGAGGAUACAAAAACAUAUAUGUAAAGGUUAUGAUCUCUUUGACAUGCUUCCUGAAAGAUACAGCUUCAAAGAGUUGAUUAGCAAAAUCGGACCCAUCCCGCCUUCUGCAUCUGCGGUACAUCUACCUGCCUUUUUGAUUCAGAACGCUGCUCGCUUUCGGUUUCUCCUCCCGGGAGGUUGUCUCCGAGAACCCUAGCUGAAGAUUAAGUACAAAAUAGAGAAGCAAUAGUUUCUUGUUAAAAAGGUUUUUGGCAUCACACCAACUUAACCUUAAACAACAGAUAAAUAAUAAAAUAGAUCGUUAUCA